CAAUGGACAAUCCAAAUAAUGAAGAUUACUCUGACUUCUUUAAAGGUAAUGAAAUUUAAAAAUUAGAAUAGUUGUUCUAGUAGGCGAUGCUGGAGUUGGUAAAACACAUUUAAUGACCAGGUAAUUCAUUUAUACAACCACAGAUAUGUGAAAGGUUGCCUACCGAAAAAUGCUGUACCCACCAUUGGGAUUGAGUUUGCAGGAAAGACAGUCACUUUAUAAAAUGGCAAAAAGGUUAAAGCAUAAAUUUGGGAUACUGCUGGACAAGAAAGGUACAGAGGAAUCACAAGCACGUAUUAGAAUAUAAUUAAUUCAGUCAUUUUAGAAAAGCAGGAGGAGCUUUAGUAGUUUAUGAUGUAACAAAGGAGAAGACUUUUGAAAGUGUUGUUAAGUGGAUGGAGGAUUUACGAUAUUAGGCCGAACCAGAUGUGGUUAUAAUGUUGGUUGGUAAUAAAAUAGAUUUAGUUGAAAAUAAUGGAAGUGCAAGGUUGUCAUGUUUUGUUAUACAUAGAAAAGUUUAAAAAGAAGACGCAAAAAAUUUAGCAUAACAGCAUAAAGUUUUAUUUGAGGAAUCAAGUGCUGUCACAGGUUAGAAUGUAGGAUAGUGCUUUGAUAGAUUGCUUUAAGGUUCUAAUUGUCUUAUCAUUAGAAAUGUAUAAAAUAAAAUCACUAACACCUGGACAAGAUAAUCAAAAUCAAGGGAUUUCAUUAAACAAUUAAAAUUAGACCUAAAAUCCUGACAACUGCAAAUGUUGAA